AUGCCACCUAAUGAAAAUGUGAUGUACCUCGUUUUAUUCUCUCUCUUAUGCUACUUGCAGUGGAGCAAAAGAAAACGCCCAGAUUUAAAAAGUGUUCUUACCGCAGUAGUGCAAUACAAUUCCUGGAAUGGUGGGGGUCUGAUUGCUGUCAGCUAUGAGGCUCGAAAAUAUGGCGUGAAACGCUCUAUGCGUGGAGAUGAGGCUAAAAAAGUCUGUCCAGAGAUCCAAUUAAUUCAGCUUCCAGUAGCUCGGGGUAAAGCUGACCUAAACUUGUAGAGAGAUGCAGGAUCUGAGGUUGUUUCUGUGCUUGCAAGAAAAGGAAGGUGUGAGCGUGCAUCUAUCGAUGAGGUUUACCUUGACCUCACAGAUGCAGCCAGAGACAUGCUAUCUGAAAGUCCUCCUGAAACUCUGUAAGCAUUUGAUGAUGAAACAACGAAGAUCCAUGUUAUAGAGUUUUGCAAGGAUGAAGCAGAUAGAGAAUUGGUAGUUAAGGAGUGGCUCUGUCGCAGUGAUGCUGACUGCAAUGAUAAGUUACUAGCUUGUGGGGCUGUUAUUGUGGCAGCCCUUCGAAAGGAAGUUUUGAUGGAGACAAAGUUUACAUGUUCUGCUGGAAUUGCUCACAAUAAGAUGCUGGCAAAACUUUCAAGUGCAAUGCAUAAGCCUGCACAACAAACUAUAGUACCAUUAUCAUCUGUCAAAGAGUUACUGGCAUCUCUCCCCAUAAAGAAAAUGAAGCAGCUUGGAGGAAAACUGGGUAGCUCGGUUGAAAGUGAUCUUGGGGCGCAUUUUGGGUUUUCUGAAGAAAAACUUUAGUCACUUUAUGGAAUAAAUACUGGUACAUGGUUAUGGAAUAUCGCCAGGGGCAUCAGUGGGGAAGAAGUUAAGGGUCAUUUGCAUCCCUUGAGCCAUGGCUGUGGGAAGACAUUUCCAGGUCCGAAAGCCUUGAGAACGAUUUCUGCUGUAAGUAUUUCUUUUUUAUUCGUUUUUGACUUGUUAUGUUUUUUAUAG